AUGGGAAAGGAGGUAUCUGAGAGCUGCGUAGAGAGUCUGCUGACGGAGAUCGUCUCGUCAUAUUGCAAUCGGUUCUACGCCAACAAGCCUGAGCUAGCCGCCCGAAGAAUCGAGGCGAUCGGUUAUCAGGUCGGCCACCAGCUCGCUGAAAGAUUGAGAUGUAUGAGUAGGAAACCUGUUCCUUUCAGGUACACAAUGGAAAGGCCACGCUUCACUGAUCAUCUAGAGGCAAUCAAGUUCAUCUGUAAGGACUUCUGGUCGGAGUUGUUCAAGAAGCAGAUAGACAAUUUGAAGACAAAUCAUAGAGGUACCUUUGUAUUGCAAGAUAAUAAAUUUCGUUGGCUUUCACGGAUGACAGUUGAUCCACUGUCUGAUAACUCUAGUUCAGUGCAAGACCCGGUUGCUAUGGCUGAAAAUAGAGCAGCACAAGCAACUGGCAUGUAUCUCUACUUUCCAUGUGGAAUCAUAAGGGAGCACUUUCAAACUUAG